GACGUGGAAGUUGCUGGCCGACCUGGCUCGGAGGGAGUCGGCCUGGGCACCGGAGGCCCGGAGCAGCGGAGGUGGCGGCGUCCAGGCUCAACUAGGAGUCGCUCGCUGCCGACUGCCGGCCUGACUCUGAGGAUCGGCGAGGGGCGCAGCGGCCGUUCACCAUGGGUGGCUUUUUCUCAAGUAUUUUUUCCAGUCUCUUUGGAACCAGGGAAAUGAGGAUAUUAAUUUUGGGAUUAGAUGGUGCUGGGAAAACAACAAUUCUGUACAGAUUACAGGUUGGAGAAGUUGUUACUACCAUUCCCACUAUUGGGUUUAACGUAGAGACGGUGACAUACAAGAACCUCAAAUUCCAAGUUUGGGACUUAGGAGGACAGACGAGUAUCAGGCCAUAUUGGAGAUGUUACUACUCAAACACAGAUGCAGUCAUCUAUGUGGUUGACAGUUGUGACCGAGACCGAAUUGGCAUUUCCAAGUCAGAGUUAGUGGCCAUGCUGGAGGAAGAAGAGCUGAGGAAGGCCAUUUUAGUGGUGUUUGCAAACAAGCAGGACAUGGAGCAGGCUAUGACACCCUCAGAGAUGGCAAAUGCGCUUGGGCUGCCAGCCCUGAAGGACCGAAAAUGGCAGAUAUUUAAAACGUCAGCAACCAAAGGCACCGGCCUUGACGAGGCCAUGGAAUGGUUAGUUGAAACACUGAAGAGCAGACAGUAAGUCCACUCAUCUGUGAAGCAAACACUGUCACACACUAAUUGGAAUCGGCCAGAUGUGCUUUGGUGACUUAGGACUGUGACUGCUGGCAUGUACAGAACUGACUCCAGGAUUUGUAAUAAAUAUAAAAAGCAAGUACUAAGCUUGAUUAUACCAUCCAAAUGGUCUGUGCAAUGUAAAAUAUUCUUCCUUGCUUUCUUGUGUUAAGGUAUAUAUUCUAUUUGUAUGGAAUUCUUACGCAAAUACAAUUCUAUUAAAGGAUGUAUACUCUUGGGCCUCCUAUCUUUAAAUUAGUGGUUGCAUUUUGUUUGUAUGAACACUAAUAUUUAGCUCAGAUUUAUUUCCCCUUAAAAUGAAUUAAGGCUUUCCAAAGAAUAGUCUUAGCAAAGUAGAUUAGCAAUAUAGUGUGUAUAAUAUAAUCUCACUGGACUAGUUUAUAUUAAGCUAUUCCUCUUGGGUUUUUGAUUAUAGGCACGAGUAUUAUUUUGUUGGCUUACUUUACUGACUUACAUUAUUUUACAAUACUUCAUAGCUGUCAAAAGAAUUUGACACGUUGACUUGAACAUUGUACAGUAGCCCUGUGAGAAGCACAAGGUUCUGCUGUGUUGCUUUGCCUGGCCCUAUAUAGUGAGGUGGGGGUCAGACAUUUGUGUCAGAAACCAUACUGUAUAUGGAAAUACUGAUCUGGGAACACAGAUACUGAUCUGGUGGCACACACGUGUAAUCCUAGUACUCAGGAGACAGAGGCAGGAGGACCGAGAGUUAGGGCUAGCCUCGGCUGUGUGGUGAAUCUGAGGCCAGCUUGGGCUGCUUGAGACCAUGUCUCAAAACAAAAUUAAUAAACCAACUGCACACACAAAAUAUACUAAAGUAGUUAUGGACAUUCAAAGUACUGUUUAUAUAAACUCUUUCUAUGCUAGUAAAAUGAUAACUGAUAGAAUGAUCCCAGAUAGCUGUAUCUAAUGAAUCUACGACACAUAAAAAACUUCACAUGAAAGCAAAUAAAAAGUAAUUUUAAUAAUAUUAA